CGUAGUGUUGCGGUGGCGUGGUGCUGCUACGCGCAAUGAGCCGUCUUCGGCCGGCGGAACACUGCGCCGCCUGAAGCCCGAGCGGGCGCUCGCGCCCGUAGGAAACGCCAAGACACGGCUGAUCUAGCCGUCACUUUACCCUCGCCUACGCUUUUACCCGUGUCGACCGCGAGAAGCUGCGAUCGGAAGCCGUUGCGUGGAUUUCGGGCUUUGCCUCGUCCACCCAGUGCGCGGAUUAAUCUUGUCCGGACGUGAUCCUGGCUUUGGCGUUCCGUUGUGUGCUGGCGACCGUGAACGAGCGUCCCUGUCGCGGUCUUGUGAACUUGCCUUCCAACUCAUUAUUACGGCGACACCACUCCGCUCAAUCCUUCCAGUGGCAUAUACUCCUGGUCACAUCGUUUCUUUUUCUCCUUUCAACUGAUCGUUCCCGUGCUACUGGACCUAUCUGUCAUCUGAGCCUUGUAUAUUCAAUGUGACCAGCAUGCCGCCUACUAUGGACAGUUCAUCCGAAGUGGAUUAUGGCUUUUGGAACCGACUACGGUGGAUUACUUGUACGAUGGCUUGGAAAGCCUGAACCUCGCUCGACGAUGUUGGCAGACCUGCACGCCUGGACUGGAUGCUAACUCAUCACCAAGGAUGCUAUCGCACAAAGCAGAUGGCUGCAUUGUUCCUGGUGCUCAUAACAGUGCAUAUUUCCAUUCUGUUGGUCACCGAUGCAGUGAACCCAGGUUGUAGCUGCGUACUGUUCGACAGCAUGUACGGAAAGGAGCACGGCAUCUUCACCUCCCCCAACUGGCCGACUGCCUACGAGAGGAACACCAACUGCCUGCUAUACACGUUUGUGGGCGAGCCGGGCGACAUCGUCGAGCUCACUUUCGACGAGUUCGACGUCCAGAAGGAAAGCGAAGAGUGCCUGAGCGGGGACUUCGUGCGUCUGUUCCUGCAUCUGAACGGGACGGACGUGGACGAAGCGACGACUUGGAACUCGGUGUUGUGUGGCACCGAAGUGGACAUCGAGCAAGUCCACUACUCGGCCGGUAGGGCGCUCGUGUUCGAGUUCCACUCGGACGGGAAACACGGUGACAACACGGGGUUCAGAGGCACCUACCGCUUCAUCAAGAAAAACAUGUACAGAGUGGACGGCGCAGCCGUUCCCAACACGACAUGCAGCUACAGGUUCGCGAGCGCCAAUCGCACGGAGGGUCACGGCCACUUCUACUCUCCGCUCUACCCGUCCACGUAUCCGAAGAACGUGCGCUGCCUGUACAGCUUUGUGGCGCGCUUCAACGAGAGAGUACGCAUCACAUUCGAGAAGAUUCGGCUUCAACAGGGUGACUACAGCUGCUUGACGAGUCCUGACGCGAUCAUCGUCUACGACGGCAAAGAUAUGGCAGCCCGGGUAAUCGCUCAGUUCUGCAACACACACUACUUCGUCGAGCUUCUUUCGACCGGGCCGGACAUGAUGGUCGAGUUUGUGAGCCGAAGCCAGUCUCCCGGCCAGGGAUUCAAGGCCACCUACCACUUCGAAGAGGAGCUCCACUACGCCGAAGGAGGACCAUCUUCCGAACUCCUGCAGGCUUGGCUCUCCAGCUGUGCUUCGACGCCCCCAUCGUGGUCUCCGGUUCAAAGUCUAGACAGCCAAGUAGAAACUACUGACGCACCUUUCUACACGACGCCAGGCCCAGGGUCCAGUUGUGACCAGCUGUUCAGCAGCACAGCGUCAAGAAACGGGACGUUCUCGAGCCCCGGCUACCCUGACGGUUACCCCGCGGACACCCGCUGCACUUAUCACUUCAGCGGCGAAGGCAUCGAGAGGGCGCAAGUCGUCUUCCUCGACUUCGACUUGUAUCAGCCCGACGACUCAUACCACACGUGCGAGGCAGCGGACGCCAUGACCGUGUUCGUCUCGAUCAACGGCCAGCGCGACAGGGUGGACAGUUUUUGCGGCAGCGACAUGCCCAACCAGGUGAUGUCGACAGGCCGGAACCUGACGCUCGAGUUCCGGUCGCUGCAGAGCCCGGGAAACUCGACGGCCAGAGGAUUCCGGGCAGCCUAUCAGUUCGUGACGGACUUCGGCAUACCGUCAGGCAAGCAGGACACGUCCUUCGCAUGUGGCUUCGCCUACAAUAGCAGUGACUCGACGAACGGCAGCUUCGCGUCUCCCAACUGGCCCGGCAUCUACCCCAGGGACACGGAGUGUCAUUACUUCUUCUACGGGGUUCCGGGCGAGAAGGUGUUCAUCGAAUUCGCCUACUUCGACAUCGAAGGCCUGCCACCAUGCACAGCUGAGACUGCGAGCGACUACGUGGAAUUUUCGAGCGCCCGAGCAUCGGACCACAAAAUUCCUCGCCACUGCGGCAUGCAGAAACCACCGAACUUAGAGUCGGAGGGCGAGUUCUUCCGAGUCACCUUCAGGACCAACGACCGCUUCGACGGAACGGGCUUCUCAGCGCUGUACCAGUUUAGGAGCGUCAUAGAUCCUUACACAAUCAAAAGGUUCAGGGGAUGCGCAGCGUGUUUACAAGGUUGCACGCAGGUGAUUGCCCUCAUCAUCUUCGUCUUGAGCCUCGUCGACGCACUGCGGUAGCAGCGGUGGCGUUCUAGAGUGGACAGUGAUGUACUUGUGCAUCCCGCAAUGUGAGCUAUGGUGUGAGCGAAGUGGUGCAGUGUGGUGCAUUGCAAGGAAGAAAGUGCGUUUCAAGCACUUUUCGACUUUCGGCGUGUGCGCGGCGCAUGGAACUGCUUACGAAGAGCACCGUUCAUCGCCGUGUCCUGCUCAAGGAGCCUGCUCGACGCUACGGCUGCCGAAUGGAUGCGUAGAAGAGGUUGCGAAAGUGAUGCCCCUGUUGUUACGGCGAUAAAGAAAAGAAAACAAAAACUGUCGUGUGUGAAGCACGCACAUGUCGCUGGGAGAGUUGUUGCGCUCAAGCUAAAUGAGCAGAUACGGCACGAGGUGUCGAGAUUUUUUAUCUUGUUAUGACUCGGAAGAUGUUACGAGAGGUCGGAAAGGGCUUUACCGUAGAAGAUAUUACGUUUGCUCACACGUCUGUAGAAAAUUCCACUUGUCCAUCUCAUAAAGUUUUUGUUUUUAUUU